CAGCAUACCGCAGGCGCAAACAAACUAAAACUUAAACUUCCAUCCGCCAUCGAAUCUUGUAAGAAAAUGUUGAAAUAGUUUCUGUUUUUACUUCAAAUCCUUCGAAGAAAUCAUGUCUGGGGGAACUUUUCAAGUAAGUAAAGCGAAUACAUUAUUAGACCAAUAAGUAUUUGAAAAUUUAGUGGAUAAGUUUUCCCGAACGAAUGUCAUACUGUGUUUUGAUACAAUUCACAUUCGGGGUUGUGCUUCUAAUGUGUCAAGUGUUUUGUCCAUUUUGUAGAAAGCUAUCGAGAUUGUCACUAAAGCUACAGAAGAAGAUAAAGCAGGGAAUUUUGAGGAAGCUUUAAGGCUCUAUGAACAUGGGGUGGAAUAUUUUUUACAUGCAAUUAAAUGUGAGUGAUGCAUGUUUUCAUCAUUGCCAUUUACCAAUGAUUAAAAUGGCUAAGUCAUGUUGGCCAAUUAAAAAAAAGAUCAUCAGAAAUAGUUUAACUUAUUAAGCAUUAGUAAUAUUACUCUGUUGAACACCAUACAACUUUACUUGUCAAGGUAAAGAUGUUACGUGUUAUUAGGUUUAACCCAUUGAGCACUAGUACUUCCCCCAUUGACAAGUAAAGUCGUCUGAUGUCAGACAGAGUAAAAUAAUAAAGUAGGGUGCAUUAGGAUGAAAUGCAACUUAAUGGGUUAAUAUGUUUUUAUGCAUGCGAGCAAAAUUCAAAAUAUGCCUGCAAAAAUACAUAUUUUAAAUUUUGUGACCUAUUAAGUAUUGUAGAUUUAAUAUAACGGUCAACAAUCGGCUAUUUGCCGAACAAAAACACUAAAUGGUUGAUUAAUCUUAUUCCUGCACUGACACUUUGAAUGAGCAAAUAAAAUACACAGUUUUCAUUUAAAUGAAAGUUAUAUUAUUUGACUAGCUCUCACGUUCAUAGCUUUAUGAAAGUGAGAAAAGGAACACAAAAGGUUUUCUUGGCUUUGCUGUGACAAGCAACAAAAUAACAUCACAAGCUUAUGGUACCAGACAUGCAGAAAAUUUCAAAACACAAUAUGCAAUGGAUCGUUGGGACUGCUUGCCAAAAAUUAAGUAAUGUGAUUGAUCAUGCAGGAAGUGAUCGGCACAAGCUGUCAAAUUGAUAGCUUGUCAAUUGAAUGUAAAUUUUGAAAAGCUGGCCGAUCAUUGUUAGCCAAUGUUCGAGCAACUGCACAGUUGAUCGGACAUUUUUCAGACUGAAGCUAAAUUGUCAUAAUCCUCACUAGACCUAAGUAUUGUGAAAAUGUCAGUAUUUCAACCCAUUGCAUGAUUCAACCAAAAAAGCGUAACCGCUGCCACACCAUGAUUCACACUGAUUUUUAAUUUUAAAAUGCAUUUACCAUGUUCCGAGCUAGUGUGCUUACGAGAGGCAUUCACCCCCCCUGAACAUCCAACAUUUUUAAUAUUUUCAGGGGGGUGCAUGCCACUUGUAAGUACACUGGCUAGGAAUAUGGUGGCGUCAUGCAACGGUUAUGCCAAAGUCAUAGGCAAAACCAAGAUGAUCAUGAUAUCUUUUGUGUGUGUUUUAAUGUUAUGUAAUCAGGUGAAUAUAAUGUUUCUGAUGUUACUCUGAGUGUACAGUAUAUCCACACAGGGCAGGCUAAAAAGUUUGCCUGACCACAUUGGAUUAGUAUCCCAAAGGUUGCGGGUUUGAUUCCCACUGUGGUCAUGCCCGGUGUGGAUAUACACUCAGAGUAACAUCAGAAACAUUAUAUUCACCAGAGUACAUAAUGCUCAAAACACACACAAAAAUAUUAUGAUCAUAAAAAUACAUUGGUAUCAAAGGUACUAGAUUUUGUUCUGAAAUACCACACCCUUGAACCGACUUGACCUUGUAGCUCAGUUGGCAGAGCAUUGGACUAUUAUCCAAAAGUUUGAAGGUUUAAUUCCCACCAUGGUCAGGCAAACUUUUCAGCCUGCCCGGGGGGAUAUACACUCAGAAAUUAUAUUCACCUGAGUUCCGGUACAUAACAUGGUCGGAGAAAACAGACGGUGCUAGAGCCUCAGUAAGGAUUGUUUUGGUUGAUUACCAAAAAGCUUUCGAUUAUGUAGACCACACCAUCGUCCUAUCUAAACUGAAAUCCCUCGAAAUCCCUGAUUCCACUGUUAGUUGGAUUGCAGAUUUCCUGAGUGACAGACAACAACGAACCAAAUUGGGACACGACUGUUUUUCGGAGUGGGGGAAUGUCCCAGCUGGUGUCCCUCAAGGAACCAAGCUGGGUCCGUGGUUAUUUAUAUUGAUGAUAAACGAUCUAAAAACACGUUGUUUAGACGAGGUAAAAUUCGUAGACGAUCUAACGGUAUACGAAACAGUAACCAGAUUUGGUUCAAGUGAUAUCCAACAUGCAGUGUCCGAAAUUGAAGAGUGGUCCGAGUCAAACCUUUUCAGAUUGAAUGAAAACAAAUGCAAAGAAGUGCGGAUAGACUUUGCGAAAAAUAGAAAUCCCUUUCCUCCUAUUAAAAUUAAUGGUAAACCCUUACAAGUGGUGGAAGAAGCAAAAUUACUGGGUCUUACUAUCGCGAACAAUUUGAAGUGGAAUAGUCAUGUCAAUAACAUAGUGACAAAAGUUCCAAAAGGAUUUACCUUUUAGUGCAGCUGAAACGAGCAAAAGUCGCAAUUCAAGAUGUUUUACAAUUCUAUACCGUAUGUAUCCGCCCCAUUCUGGAAUACGCUUCCACUGUUUUCCACUACUCUUUACCUAAAUACUUGAGUGAUGAAAUUGAACGAGUACAAAAACGGGUUCUUCGAAUUGUGUAUCUGAACUUAAAUUACGAAGAUGCAUUGAUGGAAGCUGGGAUGGAGUCAUUGUACGCUAGAAGGCAAAUUGCCUGCAAUAAACUUUUUAAUCAAAUUUUAAAUAACCCGAACCAUAAACUUCAUAAUUUAAUCCCUAAAAUAGAUACUUCAUUAAAUUAUCAAUUACGAAACAACAAGAAGAUACAUGUUCCGAAAUUCUAUACUGAACGUUUUAAGAAUUCGUAUGUUAUCGCUAGUUGUUUAGACAUAAAUAAUCGUAAUUCAACAAAUUAGUGUUAGUUUUAAUAUUUAUAAUCUUCUUAGUAAGCCAUAGCAUAGGUUGUAAUUUUUUAAAUGUAAUAUAAUUUGUAUUCAGUCUUAUUUAUAUUGUAAUCGCUUACCAAUUCAGUAUUUGUACUGCAAAAAGUGAAUUAUUAAACAAUCUAUCUAUCUAUCUAUCAAAACACACACAAAAAUAUCAUAGCCUAAUAACUGAUACCAUCCACCAUCUCUUAUUUGUACUCUUAGAUGAAGCCCAAGGAGACAAAUCAAAGGAAAGUAUCAGAGCAAAAUGCAUGCAAUACUUGGAAAGAGCUGAGAAAUUAAAAAAUUAUAUUAAAAAGGGAACGAAAAAACCAAUGGCAACAUCUGGUUCUGGAAGUAAAGUGUAAGUUAAAUCUCAUUGUGAGGAGUAUUUUUACCAGUAUAGGCUGUUGCAGUAUUGGAACCAACAUAGAAGGAAAAUACAGAUAGUAUUAAAGAGUUGCAUGAGUUGUGAAAUCCCUAGAAAAAGACUUACAAAAAGUUAAGUGUGCUUUAUGUUGGAGUAGAUGGAUAAUCCAAGUGACAAUAUAUAUAGACUUUUUAUACCUAACCAGGAACGGUUGCGACAAAUGCAACACUAGGUCACAGAAUAGAGACUAUACAAAAGGCUGACUUCUUGGUUUUUCCUAUGAUUUUGGCGUAACCAUAAUUCAUCAUCAAAAUGCUGAUGUCAUUGUCCUAGCCAGUCCACUUAUAAGAGGCACAAUGGCAGGUGUCCAGGGGGUGCAAGUUUCAGAAUUCAACCCAAGUAAAACCAUAGUAAAAUGUAGAAGUGUUAUUUUGUAUUUUGUCGGGUUUUGUGAUGUAAUAGCACUGUAAGCAUGUAGGUAAAUCUUAUAUAUUAAAAUAAGAAAUGAUCAGCGAGUGUAUAAGCAAGCUUUUAGGAACAUGUGUCAAAUGAAAAAUGAUAAUAUAACAUUGAAUGUCUUCAGGAGCAGGGGGAAAUGCCUCUCAUAAGCACACUGGCUAGGACCGUGGCAUCAGCAUUUUGAUGACGGAUCAUGGCAUGGCAGCGGUUACGCCUUUUUGGCUGAGUUGGCCUUCUGUGUGCCAUUAUUCUGUGACAGGAAUUGAACCCGUGGCAGUGUCCCAGGGGACCUAGUGUUGCAUUUUCCACAACAAUUCCUGGUUAGGUAUAAAAUUUUUGAAAAUCGAAAAUUCUCUGCAGAUUACAGUAUAUUGAUUACAUUAAGUAAUUUGAAACUCGGAUGCUGUAAUUGUGUGACACUAACAAGUUGUCAAACUGUAUGUCAUGCUAUUAACCCAUUGGGUGCCAGUGCUCCGUCCCCCUUGAGAAAUACAGUAAAAUUGCUUGGCAUUAGACAGAGUUAAAUAAUAAAGUAGGGUGCAAUGCCACUGAAUGGGUUAAAUAGUUCCACCUUCAAAUAAGUGCCUCAGUUUAACAUUUGAAACAACAUGGCAGUAAAACUGAAAAUUGUUUGAUAAUUCAAACUAAAACAACUAAAGUAUAUUGCAAUUGUGAAGCAGCCUCAAAAAAUUAUUCAUUGGUUUUACAUUCAAAAUGAGUAUAUUUCAAUAUUCCUCAUUCAAUUCUCUCCACAAUUUUGGAAAUGCUCAGUUUUAUUGUGAAAGACUAUCACACUCAAAUAAGUGCGACGUCUGAAACACUAAACAUUUGGGGAUCAUUCUUUUAAGCCGCGUUCACACUAGCGGCCCAGGCCUGGCCUGGACCUGGCCUGGGUCUAGGUGUGAAUGGGUUUUACCUGGCCUGAGCCUGGCCUAGGCCUGGCCUAAGUCAAGAAAUCCAGUCCAGCAAAUGUAGGUGGCCUGGACCUGGCCUUGGCCUGGCCUGGGCCUCGAUCAUCACUGGUGUGAAUGGGUUUUUCCUGGGCCUGGCCUGGGCGAGGCCCCGUUACCAUCGCAAUAUCUGCCCACGAUAAAAACUGGUCAGAUGAUUGUCAUACAAUUGGAGGGAAAAACAUUCAAAGCACAAAAUUAAAUACUUUAGUGGAACACAAGGACGUUUAUAUUGACGCCUGAUUGCUUUGGCCUGGAGUUGGGCGUCAAGCCAGUGUGAAUGCGUCACAAUUGGCCCAGGCCAGGUCCAGGCCAGGCCUGGGCCGCUGGUGUGAACGCGGCUUUACUUAUACUGUAGGGGGCUUCUUUGGCCAAGUUAUCCAAAGCAAGAGCCUUUUACCUAUGGGAUUAUGGGUUCAUUUCUCUUGUUGCCUGCUCAUGUGAAAGGUCAGUCAACUCCCUGCUGAAAGUCGUGGGUUUUCUCGGGGUGCUCUCACUGGUUUCCUCCCACAGGGACAGUUGACAGGGUGGGUUAGGGUAAACACAGAUGAGAUAAUUAAUAUCACAGUUGUUGUAAAAAGAUAAAAUAGUUCAGGCAAAGUAAUUAGGUAAGCAUAAUACUUGGUGUAAAGUGCAUUUGAUCAUAUUCUAUGUAAAUAAACUUAGUAAAUACAGACACUUCUAUUUUUAAUUUCAGAAACAAUGAUAAAGAUUCAGACAAAGAUUCUGAUGAUGAUGAUGACCAGUCCAAGAAACUAAAGAGCCAGUUGCACAGUUGAGUUUUGUAAUUUUUGUUAUUUCUCUCUGUGUAUGAACAAAGGGUCAUUAUUUUCAUCACUUUUCUUAAAGAAAUUCCAAACAGGACUUUAUUGAUUCGAUAUAUUGUCUACAUGUACUCAUUAGACUUUCCUUUACAACAGCGAGUUAGAGCGAGUUGUGAUAUUUUUAUUCGAAUAUCGAUAUUAUUGAAAUAUUGAUAUUUAUCGAAAAUAUCGAUAUAUUGCGUAAGCCUACCAGGUCUCCCUAAAUCAAUGUGUUAUCAUGAAGUAUUUUUUUCAUAUAAAGAUAACAUAAAAACAAUUGUUUAAUAUGUUGGCAAAUUAUAUGCAAAGCCAAAAUUUUAAGUUUUUUAGAAGUCACCAGGAGGGCUACCUUUGCCAAAUAUCUGGUUGCCUGAUGAAAACUCUGGCUGCAAUUGGCGACCUGGUGCCCGCUCGUUUCAAUCCCUGGGGGAGGGUAAAAGAGGGACUACCUCCUUCCUGAAGUCUCUAAAUGAUAGCUGAAGAAACUUGUUGUGUUUUUCUUUCAAAACAUUUGGGAAUUGCCUAUUACUGCUAAAAUAUCAAAAUAUUGUUGGUUAAUGUCAGCAUAAUUUCUUGUGAACCAAUCAAAUGUCACCAUUCCCAAGAUGUCAAUUUCAUGACGUUAAGAAUGUGGUUGCACUCCUGAAUGCUUUGUUGAUGCAUGACACAUUUUUUGGGCUAGAGGAAAAUACAAUAUUUGCGGUUUUGGUAAUACUGUAACAGUAGUUUAUAACGACCAUCAUUGGAACACAAAGUGUGCAUAUAUUUUUAGCAAUGUACUGUAUUUUCCUCAUUCCUGUCCAGUACAGGCAGUAGGCCAAUGGAUCUUGCAAUCUGACUCAGUUCAGGGUCCACAGGGUACUAAAAUUUAAUUUCGGAUACCAAACUGUGAAUGACUUGUAUCCCAACAGGAUAUUACAGAAUUUUAAAUAUUACGAUAGUGCUAAAUGUCUCCAGUGGUCUCUCUAUACUUUGAAUAUUAUGGUUCUGCCUUCUUGAAAAUAACCAGCCUUUGAUUUCUAACUUGGUGGUCUAGUUGUUGACUGUUGAGUCUCCUGUUGUUAUUGUAAUUUCUUACUUACAAUGAGAGACUUGUAAAUAGUAUAUACUUACUUUGAUGGUAAGUUCAGGGAUGCCAAAAUUACGGGUGCACCGGAUUUGGAAUUUUCAAAUCCGGCCAGAACCGGAUUUGGACAAAAAUUCCGGCCGGAUUUGCUGGAUUUGAGAUAAAUUUUGAUAAUUCAGUAUUCGAAAUGGCGAUUUAUGUUUUUACUAUUUUGAGUUAGUGUCAGUUUAGUUUUUUUAUUGUGUUUAAACCUUUUUUAAAUAUAUUUUUGUUAAUAACUUAAUAUUUUAUAAUAAUAGAAGUGUUUUUUAAACUUUAAAGCUGCCAAAUUGAUAGUUUAUCCCAUUCUUGGUGAAUUUUUUAAGGUGAAAACAGAAAUUUAAAUCCGGCCGCCGGCCAGAUGCUGGAAAAUUUGUUAAAUCCGGUGCACCCCUAGCCAAAAUAUAUUAGAACUUUCAAUCCUGGUAUAGGCAAUUCCAGCUUUUAGUUUAUGCGUGCAGGGGACGAUGGGAAGUAAGGUAUCACAUUGGUGAUUAUGCUGAAAAAAUAAAAAUGGUGGCCGUGUAAGAACGGAGUGAUAGCUCAUACUUGUAAAUAUUGAAAUAUUUCGGUUGUUUCGGUAGUUUUUAUUGAAAUUUUUCAGCAUAAUCAGCAAUAUGAUACCUUACUUCCCAUCAUCCCCUGCAGGCAUAAACUAAAAGCUGGAAUUGCCUAUUCCCUACUGAAAAAUAUUUAAAAUUGAGCAUUUAAAAUUCAGACAGACUGACAUUGUAGUAUAUUUUUAGACAUUCAAUGGUUGCUCUGUGUUUUCAGGUGCAAUUGUGAUGGAGACACCAAAUGUGAAAUGGGAUGAUGUUGCAGGAUUAGAAUCCGCUAAAGAAUCUCUAAAAGAAGCAGUUAUAUUACCUAUUAAAUUUCCGCAUCUUUUUACAGGUAUUGUAACUGUAUUGCAACCAAAUUAAUUAUUAUUAUGGGUUAGAAUUAAUUAUUCUAACCCAUGGGGGUUAGUUCACUAGACAAGUGAAAUUGUUUAGUGCUUGAUAGAAUGAGAACGUUGCUAUACUGUAGCGUGCAUUGUGGCGUGAUGGUUUAAUGUAUUUCACUCUCUGCAUUAACCCUUUAAGUGGUAAUGGCCCCAGAUUUUAUGUACUACUUUAAGUGGCAAUGCGCUCCAUUUUACGCUGUCUAACACCAUGCAGAUUAUUUUACUCUGUCCAACUAGACGAUUCUACUUGUCAAGGGGAGAGUGCUGCCACUCAAUGGCUUAAAUUUCAACCCUAUAACUUCAUAGAUACAUAAAUAAAUCAUUUACUUUUAACCUAAAUGAAUUUACUUUGAAUAGCAAAUGGUGUGUUUUUAAUGGAAGUAUACUGAAAAUUGAUAUUAUAUAUACUGGAUAGCUCUAUCAGUUUUAAAUUAAUUUUAGACAAUAUACAGUAUAAGUUCUCGUUUCUCUCGUGAUCUAAAGUUUUCCCAUGAUGUUUAUCUAAAAGACAGGCAAAAGAAACAAGUGAAAGAGACAAUUCAUUCUCAUAUACUGACAUAGCACUGUAUUUGUCUCCAAUGUAUAUACUGUAUUAUUUAGACAUCUUACCACAUAACAUGUAAAUCUUAAUUUUUCUGCAGGCAAACGAACACCAUGGCGAGGGAUAUUGCUGUAUGGGGUAUGUUAAUCACUUCAAAAACAGUUUAAAAACUCUAAAAUUAAAAAAAUAAUCAAUAUCUGUACUGUACGAACUAUACAAUAUCUUCAAAUGAAGAUAUUUGUUUAAACUUGACUAUAUUUAGUACAUGUAUUUGUAUUUUAACUAUAUAGUAUGAAGCAUUCGCAUCUGAUCUGUAUCUGAUACAAAUCUGCUGCUUUAUAUAUUACAUAAAGGCAGAAAAUGAUAAAAGAACAGUUCAUUUCUUUAUUAGCCUCCAGGUACUGGCAAGUCAUAUUUAGCAAAAGCCGUGGCUACAGAAGCGAACAAUUCGACAUUUCUCUCAGUUGCAUCGUCAGAUUUAGUCUCAAAAUGGCUUGGAGAGAGCGAGAGGUAAGCUGUACAAGAAUGCGUGGUUAAUGCUCGCCAACUUCUUUAUCUCAAUUGUUACAGUGCUGCACUGGAAUUACAAAGCCGCAGUUUGAAUUUCUGCCCGAGGCCUAAAUUUGCAUUUUUCGCAACUGCUCCCAGUCAGUUUAAAAUUUUGAAAAUAAAUUUUCGCUUCAACUUUCCAUCCACUAAAAGCCCAUUUACAUUGAAGAGCAAUGCUCGCUACUCUAUUGUUUCAGUUUGUCUAAAUCCACAUUAUUUAAUUGGGUCUGAUGCCAGAAUUUCUCAGUUCUCAAAAUUUUGCAGACGGGUCCGCCUUGCUAUUUAUCAUUUGUAGGCCUGGAGCGAAGGGGAUUCGGCGUAAUAUUACCCGAAGCGAUAAAUAUCAUCACUGAGAGGGUAAUAUUUCGCCGAAUUCCCCGAGCGGAGGGUCUAUGUAUAUAAAUGAUAUAUGUUAUAUCGAAAAUUAAAAGCUUCCAAGUUAAGAAUAUAAAACUUGCCACAUAUAUCUUCGUGAAAACGAUGUUUUAUUUUUUGAUUAACCCAAGUGUUAAUUUGUCACUUUUAUAUUUCGAAUCACAUAUCGUUCGGAAUAUUGAUGAAAACAUUUUUGAAAAUUUGCUUCAUAAUCUAAAAAAAUAGCUUUUUUGAAGUUUGAAAACUUAAUAAUUCAUCACCCCUUAGUAUAGUUUGUCGGAUCUUGUUUGCGUGAUCGCCGCGUGUGGUUUGCGCGAGUCAUAUCAACUGAGUGAUAUGAUCAAAUCACCCCCCGUGUGAUAUGACUGAAAUCACCCGCUACGUCAAAUUCGAUGACGUAAGGCGUGAUUCGAUGAUGACGAUGAUGAUGAUGAUGACUUGUUUUCCCAUUCAGGGCUGCAAAUUACUGUCGGACAUCGGACAAUGUCCGACUAAAUUUGGCAAAUGUCCGACUAAAUUUGGCAAAUGUCCGAGGAAAAGUGAUUUUGAUCGGACAUUGGUCCGAUCACACAAAAAAAUUGUCACAUUAUACACAUUUUUUUUGCUGUGACAAAAUCCGAUUGCAAAUUCACUCAAUUUGUAUUUUGCAAUUAAAUUUACGGGGCAUUCUAGCAUUUUUACUUAACGUUGCGCCGGAAUGGCUAUACAUACUUGUCUUGUGACGUAAUAUAUGAACAACGAGAGCGAGUGUUUCACCGGGAUAUCCAAACACGAGAAAACAAUGUAUGAAAACAUGAGCGCGAAGCGCGAGUGUUUUCAUACAUUGUUUUCGAGUGUUUUGAUAUCCCGGUGAGACACGAGCUCGAGUUGUUUAUAUGGCUUCUCAAAUGAAUCGAGAAAUAACAGAAUGUUUUCGUUUGCUGAUUUGAAUAGAAUUAUUAACCAAGCAUAACGUAAUUAGGAAUUCUAUUCAAGUAAUUUUGCAUGCGUAAUUAAGAUAUUUGAUGAAAACACUAGUGACUUUCAUCAUAUUUCAUCAAGUAUCCAAAUGGCAUCUUGUGAUCAAAUAGGUGAUUAUCAUUGGCUGAAUUGCUCAUGAAUUAUUAAUGAAUUUGAGAAAUAUAUAUCUUGUGACGUAUACAUGUCCGACCAAAUUCAAGUUAUGUCCGACCAAAAUUAAAAGUGAUCGGACAAAUGUCCUGUCAAGUCAAAUAUCUAUUUGCAGCCCUGCCCAUUUUUCCACUCGUGUUGAUAUACUGUACCUGAAUAUCAACACGGAAAAUGUUUUAUAUUUUUUUAUAAUGUAGCACGAAGAACUAUAAAGAAAGAAAUUUUCUCUGUUGACAUUGAGUUAUGUCAACAAGGCUCUUACAGUAGCCAAUCAGCGUUCAGAAUUUACAAAUGCUGUAUUAUAAAUAGUAAUAUCACAUACUAAAGUGACGGCUUCUGUUUUCCAUUUUAGACUAGUCAAGCAACUGUUCACGCUGGCAAGAGAUCAAAAACCAGCCAUAAUAUUUAUCGAUGAAGUGGAUUCACUUUGUGCAUCACGAAGUGAAAACGAAAGUGAAUCGGCGCGAAGGAUCAAAACAGAAUUUCUGGUUCAAAUGCAAGGUAUUCACUGUGAAGCUGUUAUAAAAUAUUAUAGAAUGGAAUAUAGAAGAUUAGAAUAG